AUGUUCAAAAUUAAAUCAAAACUAUUUAAAAACUUAAUCAAAAUAACUAAUAUCAUGAAACGAGAAUCAAAGAAUAUAAAUUUCAAAUCCAUUUUUACAGAUGAACAAAAAAGUAGAAAUCCCGAGACUAGAAAAAAAAUCAAAAAUUCCCAAAUCAAUAUAAAUAGAAUCCAACAAGGUAAAGAAGCAUACAAUAGAAGCAAAAUCAGGAGGACUCGAAAACACGAACCACAACAGCAAGUAAUAAAAAAACAAAACAGCAGAGACAAUAGCAAUAGAGGAAGAAAUAAGAAAGAAAUUUGA